CGGAAGCGAAUGCAUUCAGUUGCGUAUUUCACGGGAGUGUCUUACUUUUUUAAGUUAUUUCUUUGAUUUUUAAUCAGGUAUUAGAAAAAAUAGAGUGUGAGUGAAAAUAAUCGAAUUACUAUAAAAAAUAAGUGAAAAAUUAUAUGGAAAAGUGCAAAAAAUGAAAAGAAAUUCGGUAUGUGCUUUGCUAAAUGUGUGUGAAAACGGACUGCUAAGCAGAAGGCGGCGAAGAGCAACACAAAGCAAAGCCAACCAUUCGUUCAUUCGGUGGCUGGAACCGUUCAUCGUGGUUGGCAAUUUGCAUUUCGAUUGAGUCGUACUUCGGGCUUUAAUUUUUUUCUAUUUACAACUAGACACGAUACAAAUAAUGUAAUAGAAACAUAAGCGCUUUACGAUAAUUAGCACAACAAAUAAAUCAAAAAAUAUGUACAUGGCUUCUGGUUUUCAGUAGGAACAGUACAAGACGUGCAAGAAAAUACCCCUUUCUCUAAGUGCAUUUACCUAGGUAUAUGUUGGUUCUCUAAAAAUGGGUGUAGAGUUACCUUAGGAUGAAAUUCGCAAUCUUAUAUUUUGUUCGUAUUUUCACUUUUAUUGUGGAGGAGGGUGCAUAGAAAGUGGCAGUGAACUUUUAUAUAAAUUAGUCAACUAGACAGUUUAGGGUUGAUUGCAUGUUGUUUGUUGGAUCUAUUUGCAAUAUAAUGGACGACGAGCGAAGCGCAGCAUCUGUGGUCACUUUGCAAUCCAUUAUUGUGAGACUACGUGUGGGUGGAUGUCAAUAAAAAAGAAAGUAACUUUGCAAACAUGUGUUUGUAACAGUAUAUGAGCACCUAAAACUGGAUACAACACUUAGGUUGUUAAAAAUAUAUUUUUGUUUAAGUGCUACAUAUCUAUUUGAAUAGAUUGCAGCAAUAUGAUGCACAGAGCGACAUGCAAGAGAUACAAGGCCAACAACAAGCACUGACAUUGUAAAUACUGUAACGAUUUGCAAAUAGUUUGUUACAGAAAUAAAUGAAAUUUUUGGUUAAUAAUUCAAAAGCAAAAAAAUAAAGAUAAUAUCGCAACAAAAAAUCCACGAAGAUAGUAAAAUGAGUGUAUUUAAUGAUUUCCAACGAUUGUGGAUGCAACGUUUUCCACAGAGUUCACUAUCAGAUGCGUGGGAGCAAGAUGUGAGAGCCAGCUUAGAACGACACAAGUUAAAAAUUGUUGAGUUGACAAAAGAAUUGGAGCAAGAACAACUUUAUGUCGAAUAUUUGGAGCGCUUACUGUCAGACGUUGAAAAGUUUCGUGAAUCUGGUGGAGAUCCAACUUCUUUGUUCGAAGCUGCCACCACUUCUAAUACAACACUGCAAGCCGAUACUGAUGCAAACCAGUUUAGUGGAGAGGAUGCUUGUGCUAUUAAUAUAUCGAAAUCUAGUUUGAAUUUACGUGAAGCCAGCCAGAAUGAUAACAAAGAUAAAAACAACAGAUAUUCACUCAAUACUGACAACAAAUAUGUUGAGGGUGUCGGCGGAAGUAGUAUCAACACUAGUAGUAUUUCCAAAAUCACCUCCGGAUCUGCUGAAACCCAUGCCGGCAGCACUAAAAAUGCCAGUGGAAAACAAAGUUUUGAACAAGAAGACAAAGAUAUGGGCACGGAAAAGGAUACUCGUCAGCAAAACGAGAAUGGUGCACUACAUAAAUGUAUAAAUGAGUUAGCUGCUUCGUUUGGAACCAAUUCUACAACUAGCGAUAGUGACGCGAUUCGUCACGUACCAUUGGAAGAUAUUGAGGAAUCUGAAAUAGCAUCUUCUGGAGAAACUGUACAGAAACCAUUAAAAACAAAUACACAGAAGGCAUCACACUUUGUUACUGUUAUCGAGGUGAAAGAGAGCAAAACGAAUAUGGAUGCCGAACUGGAUAGUGGACUGGAAGGAGGUGAGUCAGUGCAGAGCACCACGACUCCAACUAUGAGUAGUUUCGAACGUAAAACUUCAACUAAAGUUGAACCGACAGCACCACCAUUGUCUCCUGCAUUAACAUCGCCAUCAAUGUCAGCUUCAUCGUAUGCAGCACAUGCCGACAAUAAAAAGAAAAUGCCGCCAAGACCGCCUCCCAAGAAUAUUCGACGCGUCGAACCACCCACUAUACCUGGCCAACUUUCGUCAUCUCCAAAACGCGAUACACCUUACAUUGGUAGCAGUAUGCCCUUACCUAGCGCAUCUGGCAACUUAUCCUCAUCUGAUAGUCCUGGCAAUUCACUUGAACGCAAUGUAAAACCUUCAGCUAUUUUGCGGCAAAAAUCACCAGAAUCUAUGGAAGCAAAGGCGCUUACAUCCAACAGGAAAACGACAUCGGAUUUGGGGAAGUUUAAUCCGCCUGAUUUGAUGGAAGAACUGGGACGUAAAGUUGGCAAAUCGGAAAGUCUGGAAAAAACCAAGCGAUCGGAUAUGGCAAUAACACACAGCCCUACUGGCAGUUUGGGACGAACAGUUUCUAUACAAAACCGAAACGUUACAGGCGGUCGUACCAGUAGCACUGCGGUGGGUGUAUCGCCCACCGGAAGCUUGAAUAAACCUUCGAAGUUAGCUGUAGCAGAUAGUUCUUCAACAAAUAGCUUGGAAAAGAAAUCACAUUAUUCACUGCAAGCGGCUGACGGAGAAAAUGGCCAAACUCAGGUUGUGGGCUCAAAGGAAUCCCUGGCAUCGCAAGGCAUAUCGGAAAUUAUUAAAAGCUACGAGUCUGUUUCGUCUUUGGGUUCGGAUUGUGCAAAAGUUGCAGUGGACAAUGAACCGUAUUAUGACACAGUGCCGCUGGAUAACGGCGAAGGUGAAUAUGUUUAUAUCAAACCAGGCGGUAACGGUUCAUCGUCCAGUCGCGAUGACCUCUCCACACCAGGCAGUACGCUUCCAAUCGGUUCUGCCACACACCUAAGCAGUCAAGCGAGUGUGACAGACCCUGAAUCACCUGGACGCAGCUCAAAUUAUGUGAACAUUGAUUAUUUUCUACAUCAAAGCAAUGAAACACGUUCAAGCUCGUUGGACAGCGAUGGGGAGUAUGAGGGACCACCAAUCAUGAGAACUAUUUCUCAUGACGAGCAAAAUUCACAAACCCCUAGUGCUUUACGGAAGAAUUUAGUUUCAGCAAUACUAGUUUCUGGCAACGCGCGAGGCGCUAAAAUACGCUCUAUAUUGAGCAGUAUUAUUCAAAGUGAAACAAUAUACGUGGAAUGCCUCAACAAAAUGCUACAGUAUAAGAGAGCAAUUCAUGCCACACUGGGCACAUCACAGCCUGUGAUCAAGGAGGACGAAGAGAAUACGAUAUUUUUUAAAAUCGACGAACUUUAUGAUGUGCAUACACAGUUUCUAAACAAUUUGAAAACGAUAGCGGCACACGAAGGAGGAGACGUGCUUAUCGGUGAACCUUUCAAACGUCUCGCAGACAGUUUUAAUUUGUAUAGCGCUUUCCUGCACAACUACGGUCAGGCAAUUGAUACAGUGAAAAAGUGCAGCGCUAAUAACCCACAAUUCAAACAAAUUGUCUCAACGAUUGUCGUGAAUUUGCACACCGAACAGUCGCUUACCCUGGAGGAUUUGUUGCAUAAGCCCGUGGCGCGUGUACAAAUCAAUGCAUUAGUUUUCAAUGACUUGUUGCGCGAAACACCACCCAAUCAUCCGGAUCAUCAGCCAUUGCGACAGGCACAGAAGACCAUACACUUGUUCUUGAAGCAGUUCAAUGUGGUGAACCAGCGUUUGUCUACGGAAUCGAAUAAGAAUCUGAGACGCAUGGUGAAGAAUUCUUUCAUUGUUGAACUGGUUGAUGGGCAUCGCAAAUUGCGACAUCUCUUCUUGUUCAACGAUGUAAUCGCCUGUGCCAAGUACAAGGCAUCCGGACGUGACCGAAUUGACUAUGAGCUGAAAUGGUUCAUACCGCUAAAAGAUGUUGUGGUGUUCGAAGAGGCAGACGCCAGUGCUGACCUCAAGGAAUCUAGUCCCGCCAAUAUAUUACAAUUGAAAACGCAAGCGUGCACAGUACGUGAUCAAUUAUUGCUCGAAGAGAAGGACGAUAAAGGACGAAAGUCCAAUGGCUUGCGUUCGGGUGAUAAAUAUCGGCGCAAAUUAGCUGACUUAGAGUCGCAGCUGGUAUUGGCCUCGCCGAAUUUAGUCUUCCGCAUUGCCAAUAAAGCAACCAAUAAAACAAUAACAUUUUUCUUGAGUUCGGAUUUCGAGCGCACGCAGUGGAUUGAAUCUAUACUGUCGCUGAAGCAAACCUGUAACAUACCUGGUGCGAACACGAUAAACGCCUUGGAGGUGCAUGCUUUUAUUGUUGCCAUGCAGAAAGGUAUGAAGACUGAAAUGGGUUCAUAUCUGAUGCGAAAUACCAAUGACGAAAGUCUACUAGUGGGCGAUCUGCAUAUGACAGUGCACGGUCUGACGGGUCUUGACCAGCCUGCCGACUUGUAUAUUUGCAUAGAAGUGGAUUCGUAUGGCCACUAUUUCCGUAAAGCCACCACGAAAAUGGUGUGUCGCAGCUUGAGUCCACUUUGGAAUGAAAGUUUUGUAUUAGAGCUUGAGGGCAGCCAGAAUGUGCGAAUUUUGUUGUAUGAAGCGCAUGAACGUCCUAAGUUACGAGCUAAGCACGUCUUAAAACUUAGUCGUAGUUGGCUGCAGGAGACACCACUUCCGCGCAUACUAAAACUUGGCGAGAUCAUAACGCUGAAUACCACAUUCCGGUUCGUACCCGGCGAAGUGACUUUACGGCGUGUGCCAACUUCGAAGCCGGGCGCGCUCUUUGGUGCCAAAAUGAGUCAAAUUUUAAAGCGUGAGAAACGAGACAUUCCAUUCAUUAUCAGUGCCUGCAUACGUGAAGUAGAACGACGCGGCAUGUCUGAAGUGGGCAUUUAUCGCGUUAGUGGCUCUGCUUCCGAUUUGGCCAAAUUGAAGAAGUCUUUCGAAACCAAUGCCUAUGAGGCCGAACAGCUGCUGAAGGAUGUGGAUAUACACUCAGUUACGGGUAUUUUGAAGUCAUAUCUGCGAGAGUUACCCGAGGCAUUAUUUACCGAUGCUCUCUAUCCGAAAUUUUUUGAAACGUUCAGCGCUUUCAGCAACAACAACGAGACGGCGCGUAUAAAUGAACUUAUAAAAGUAUUCGAAGAAUUGCCACAGGCGAAUAAAGCAUCUAUAAAUCAUAUAUUGGAUCACCUAAUUCGGGUACAUCAUCAGGAGGCCGACAACAAAAUGUCGCUGCAUAAUUUAGCUAUGGUGUUCGGUCCAACGUUACUACGGCCCGGUCAAACGCAAGCUAAACAGAAGGACUUGCUAGCCUCCAGUACCGUAGAUGUCAUGGCCCAAGCGGGCAUACUAUAUUGCUUCCUGCAGGCGCGUAUUAAAAAGGAUUAAAAUUUUAAUGUAUAAGCAAAGUGAAAGUGACUAAUCAGAAAUAUUGUAAAAUGCAUAUAUUUUUGUAGCAAGCAAAGGGCCUUUGUAUGCAUACGCAUAACCUGCGUGAGAGAAAUUAUUCUUAUAACUACGUAGCUUCCAUUGUAUUUAUACAGGCACAUGCAAAAUAUUGUAGAGCAAACGUCGACAGUUCGCUGUUGCGCAACAAGUUGAUUGCGCAGAUUGGGAAAGAAGCGGAUGAGUUUACGAAAUACAUAUUGUAAAAAACAAAAUCAAAGAAAUUAACAUUGCAAUUGUAUGGCGCAUAAAAGUUUCCCUAGAGUGUAUGCAGAAAGAGAGAAUUUUUUGCAGACGUGUGCCGAAAAAUAUAAUUUUUAUAGUCGAUACAUAUACAAUAUUAACAAAAGAAACAAAACAGAGCAAAAGUAUUGAUUUAAACGCACUCUAAUAAUGCUGGAAGUAUCGAAAUAUUAUAAAUAUAUCUAUCUACACUGCUCCAUACCAUAGAUUUGCACAGCUUGUAUUAUCACGGAAGCUUAUUAAAAGUUAGGCAAAAUUUAAAAUUUUGUCAGUUUACAAAAACAAUACAAUAGAACAUAUACACAUUAAUACUUAAACAAAAACAUAUUUAGCUGCUCAGUAAGCGUUUCGCAAUGUUUAUGAAGUAUUACUAAUAAUUUUCAUUAUAAAAACAAAAAAAAAAACAAUAACGCUGGAAUCCUGUUAUUUACCACUGUGUAAAUGAUAAAUGAUCAUGAUGUUGAAGUAGCGUAAUUUGAGGAAAUUUGGAAAUUUAACGUUAACUUUGCUAUCCCAAAAUAUCCAUAAAUAUAGCAGAUGAUUCGGCAUGUAUUACUGAUUUCAAUUAUCUUCGUGUGCUCCAUAUUAUAAAUUCUUAUUUCAUUUCUCUAUGCCGAAAAUAUUAAGUUUCCACAAUUAAAAUGUAUUUUGCAGUGCUUCGUUUCUUUUGCAUUGUUAAUUUUAGUAUUUGAAUUAAGUUAAAUAAGUUUUUAACCGGUCAAUGAAGUUGAUUUCUAAAACCAUGUUGUUAUUUAUUAUGUUUCCAUAAUAAAAUUGAAAUCCCACAUAAGUUGGGUCUACACGAGUAAACGGGGGAUAUGUAGCCGGUCAGACUUGUCACCUCAACAGCAUUUCUCUAUUUUAUGC